AUGCGCUCUUGUGCCGCUAGAAGGUGCGCUUUUCCCCAUCUUCCUCUCUGUAUUCGAUGUUCUUCAUCUUCCAUCAUUCUCUCUUCCCCUUUUCCACUCACCCCCAAGUUCUUUGCUCAUUCUCAAACCCGAGAUGUGAAUAGCUUUCACGACUCCAUAGCUUCAUUCAUUCGCUUCCUCCAUCAGCAUCCCCCACCUUCCAUACUCCAAAUUAAUAAGAUUUUAGGAUCACUUGCCAAGGCUCAGCAUCACCGCACUGCCAUCUCAUUGUUUGCACAAGCUGAGUUCAGAGGAUUCACACCCGAUUUAUUUACAAUCAACAUCUUGCUCAAUUGUUACUGCCAUUUGGAUGACAUGUAUUCUGCUUUCUCAAUAUUGGGAAAGAUUCACAAGAUGGGUCUUCAACCGGAUACUGUAACUUUAAAUACGCUGAUUAAAGGACUGUGCAUUGGGAACCAGGUUGGGGAAGCAUGGGACUUCUAUGACGAGCUAACGGCCAAAGGAUUCCAAUUAGAUGAAAUUAGUUAUGGAACUUUGGUUAAUGGGCUAUGUAAACUUGGCAAAUUAAGGUCUGCCAUUAAAUUGAUCCGAAAGAUGGAGAGGCAUUCAAUUAAGCCUAAUGUAGUCAUAUACAGUACAAUCAUUGAUAGGCUUUGCAAAUAUGGACAUAUUGUUGAGGCCCAUGCAUUGUAUUCUGAAAUGAUUGAUCAAGGACUUUUACCGGAUAUUGUCACUUAUAGCUCUUUAAUCCACGGUCACUGCAGCAAGGGACAAUGGGAAGAAGCUAAUUGGUUUCUCCAUGAAAUGAUGCUGAAAGGCAUCGAGCCUAAUGUUUAUACAUUAAAUAUAUUGAUUGAUGUGUUCUGUAAAGAAGGAAAGAUCAUAGAAGCUGAAGUUAUUCUUGGCAGGGAUGAUGAAAUGUGGCGAGAGACCUACUGUUGUAACUUACACUUCGUUAAUGGAUGGAUUAGGAAAAAUGUCAUAUGUGCAGGACCUGUUGAUGAUAUGCAUGAUAGUGGUGUUGCCCCAGAUGUAGUCACUUGUAACAUUUUGUUACAUGCAGUUUGCAAAAGCCAGCAUGUCGAACACGGGAUUGCAUUAUUUCAGCAAAUGGUUGCCUUGGGAGUUCAGCCUGAUUUGCACACACUUAACGUACUUAUUGAUGGUUUGUGUAAAGGUUAUAGACUAAAUGAUGCUUGGGAGAUUUUUGAAUACCUUUUGAGCAAAGGCUAUCGUGUAAAUGUCUACACAUAUAGCAUUAUGAUCAAUGGCCUCUGUCGACAAGGGCUUUUUGAUGAAGCCAUGACUUUGCUUUCAAAAAUGAAAGAGAAGGAAUGCCUGCCUAACUCAAUGACAUAUAGAAUACUUCUUCGAGCUCUUUUGGGAAAAGUGAGAAUGAUAGAGUAG